UUGUACAUGUCAUACAAUCAGCUGUUAUUGUUUACAUGUGAUCUUUAAACAUAAUACUUUAAUUACAACCUGGGAUGUACAAAACAAUUGCAUUCAUUCAAGCAAGGAAUAUAUUCAAGUCCAGUAUAACCUCAAACAUGUCGAAUCCUAUAGAGCAAUCAAUUAGAAAUAAAUUGAGCAAACAAUUAACAAUCGAACAUUUGGAAGUUAUAAAUGAGUCCUACAUGCACAACGUUCCGAAAGGCGCAGAAACGCAUUUCAAAGUUGUUGUAGUUUCAAAUCAAUUCAAUGAAGUACCAUUGAUUAAAAGACACAGAUUAGUGAACGAAAUUUUGAAGGAAGAACUGCAAAAUGGCGUUCACGCCCUUUCAAUUUCUGCAAAGACACCGACCCAAUGGGAAUCCAGUGACAAAGUUGUCAAACCUAGUCCCAACUGUCGCGGAGGUUUUGGUAAAUGAACACACAUGUACAUCGCUUUGUAAUGCCGAGAUGAAAUAAAAGUAUUUAUAAUGAGAA